AUGGAAGGCACCACCGAAACUGAAACGCAACUUGGUCCACCUUACGCCAAGUCUCUUCACCCCGUCUAUGCCGUCGGCAAUAUUCAGCACAAGGUCCGAGUUCUUGAUGGCACCAAGGUCUCUUACUCAUCUUGGGUCAAAUUGUUUAAACUUCAUCUUCGUGGGUACAAAGUUCUUCAUCACGUUGACGGUACGGCGCCACCACCGAAAACCGAUGCCGCCUAUGUCACGUGGCAAGAGAUUGAUUCUCAUGUCCUCCAAUGGAUUUAUGGAUCCAUUUCCGAUGAUCUUUGCCUUCGGAUUCUUGAACCCGAUACAACCGCUUACGAAGCAUGGUUGAAGUUGAAAAAAUUAUUUUAUAGUAACAAGGGGUCUCGUGCUGCAACCCUUGAGCAUGAAUUUAACAAUCUCAAGCUUGAGUACAUGCCCUCUCUUGAUGCCUAUUGCCAUCGCCUAAAAGAACUAGCCGAUCAAAUGUCCGAUGUUGAUUGUCCGGUCACUCAACAACGCCUUGUACUUCAACUUGUGCGUGGAUUACCACCGGAAUAUGAUGCUGUGGCUUCUUUUAUCAAUCAACAAAUUCCCUCCUUUGAAAUGGCUAGAAGCAUGCUUCAACUUGAAUAA